CUAAAUCGCAACUCCAACGACUGACAGAAGCAACUUCGACGAGUGAUAGAAGCGGACGGGCAAUCGCGGCUCCGACUAGUGACAGAAGCGAACGAGCAAUCGUGGCACUAGUUGACAAAUUGCGACUACCAGCCCCACGGUUCCUACGUACCCUUUCGGCUUUGUGAACGAACAAUCGCGUUGAGAACUGAGGGGUGAAAUUUGUGAAUCGUCACUCUGAUUCUGCGAAGGUGAAGUGAAGGUGAAGGAAGGACCCAAAGGAGGCGAUAUGCGAACGCUCGACCUUCCAAAACUUAUGCGUGAGAACGAUUCGAUUAUUCUGGAGUCGCUCAAGCUCAUUUCGAGUUAGGUCAAACUCGAACUCGAGCCAAGUUUUCACUCGAGCGCUCGGUUCAUUGGGUGUGACUCAGCAGUGAGAGUUCAGAGGACAAACAUACCCUUCCCCCGAAAAAGAAAAGAAAAUGGAGGCGUGCGACUGAGCAGUGAGCACAUCACCGGAGGGCACGGCAUCCAUGGAGGCUCUGGCGGACUUAGAGAAAGUGCAAACCCGAAUCCUCGGCCGCAUAUCCGAUCUCGAGCUCUCUAUCACCACCAAGCCCUCUCACAACCCCUCUUGCGCCGCCGAUGACGGUGGCCCAACCACCACAGAAGGACGACUCUCCGCAAUCCUCGCCGCCAACGCCGUUAAAGGUUUCUCCUUCAAACGCGUGCCCUCCGAUUACUACGACUGGACUUUAGAAGCCAGGCGGGACGUCCUUGGCGCAGCCUCCAUUCACCAUCUCUGCAAAAGCAUUGUUUUGGUCAACACUCAGGCUCCGCCCGAUGUAACUGAUUGCAGCAAUAGAAACUAUUCCAAGUACUAUGUUGUUGUCGUUCAGUAUACUGCUCGCUUCAAUGCUGAGACUGUCAAGAACUUUUUGUAUACGCUCAAUGAUGGCAAGAUAUCAAAAAAGAAGUUCAACAACAAAUUGUUUUAUCGGAGGUCUGCAGCUCCUAUUGUCUUCUAUAAAAUGGAGAUAUCGACUCUGACAAGAGUAAAUCAUGCAGUGAGGCUUGCUCCAGAAGAAGCAUCUGCCAAGUUGACUGGUUAUGAACACAAUGGAGUAACAUGUAUUGGCAUGAAAACUGAUAUACCGCACAUUGAGAUUCCUCAUUCCUCCAAGAAACCCACCAGCAUGCCAAUGAUAUUCAUUCAGGAAGAUAAUCUUGCCUUCCUGCAGCAAUUUGAUUUGGAUCCAGUGAUUUUGGAUGAAGCAAUCGUGAAGCUUACUCCGGAUUUCUUCUGGUUGGGUGGUGGUGAGAUUGAUCUCAAAUUGGGGAUCAGGACUUCGGAAUUCAUCGAUUAUGUAAAACCAUUCAUUAUUAACUGUAGUGGUAGUUGAUUUGAUCACAGCUGCUAUUUUAAUUUAAUUGGCAAAAAAGCCCAUCCUUUAUUUUGGAUUGAUAAAUGUUGUGCCUUUUUCUAUACAUGUGAUGUUGAUUAUUGCAUUUAUAUUUUGUUGGUCUUAUGGGAAGUGUGAGAUUAUCUUGAUGCAUAGUAACCAAAAAUUGCUCGACUAAAGUUGUUCAG